GGUUCAAGAAAGGCCGCCGCAAUAAUCAACCCCGCCAAAAACAAGCCCCAACACGCAGUUAGUGUCACAGAUAGCUUUCAUCUGUGAUUUAGUUCUUUAUACCCCUUGCGGCCUCAAUAAAUCACAUAUUGGCCGCUCAGUAUGAGGCCGAUUUUGCUUGCGGGCCAUGAACGGUCCCUUAACCAGAUCAAAUUCAACCGCGAUGGCGAUCUUUUGUUUUCGGUAGCCAAAGAUAAGAUUGUGUGCGCUUGGUGGUCGGCCAACGGCGAACGAUUGGGUACCUACUCUGGACACCUGGGUGCUAUCUGGACCGUCGACGUAAGCCCCAAUACUGUCCUCCUUGCGACCGGCUCUGCAGACAACUCCGUGCGACUAUGGAAUGUGAAGACUGGAGAGUGUGUUAAGGUGUGGGAGUUCCCUACGGCUGUCAAGCGGGUCGAGUUCAGUCCGGAUGGAAGCAAAGUCCUCGCCGUUACAGAAAAGCGAAUGGGUUUCCUGGGUACGAUCGCCGUUCUCGACAUCAACUACGAUGGCGACUUCACGAACCAGGCCGAGGAGCCUAGCCUCAGGAUCACCUGCACAGAGAGCAAGGCUACAGUCGCCGGGUGGAGUUAUCUGGGCAAGUACAUUAUUGCUGGCCACGAAGAUGGAAGCGUUAGCCAGUACGAUGCAAAGACCGGUGAGCAGCUGGAGAACGUCCAGGCGCACGAGUUUGACCACCAGAUCAACGACCUCCAAUUCUCCCCCGACCGCACCCACUUCCUUACCGCCUCCAAAGACAAAUCCGCCAAGCUCAUGUCCUCUCGUAACCUCGCCAUCCUGAAGACCUACGUUGCCGACACACCGCUGAACAGCGCCGCUAUCACUCCUAAGAAGGAAUAUGUGAUCCUCGGUGGUGGUCAGGCCGCCAUGGAUGUCACGACAACUUCCGCUCGCCAGGGUAAAUUCGAGGCUCGUUUCUAUCACAAGGUCUUCGAGGACGAGAUUGGCCGUGUCAAAGGCCACUUCGGUCCUCUGAAUACCAUCCACGUUCACCCCGCUGGUACAGCCUAUGCCUCUGGUGGAGAGGAUGGUUAUGUCCGUGUUCACCACUUUGACAAGCCCUACUUUGAUUUUAUGUACGAAGUCGAGCGAGAGCAACUGAGACGGUAAAUUGCGUGAUGUGUGAGACGAUGGUAGAAUUUCUUUUUUCCUUUCUGUUCAUUGCAUCUCUUGCAUGUGUCAUGAAGUGAUGGCAUAUCUAAAAAGCACGGAAAAGAGACUGCUACGUGUGGUGGGUCAAAGGUAGACCUGUGUGAUUGAAGUGGUGAGCUACUUUUCAAUCUAUAUCAUGAUAAGACGGAGUUGGUAUCAUAUUCGAUUUCUGGUCGCUUUCGUGUCCUAAUAAAAAGAACUAUUACUUCACUAUCUAUUAGAAGAUGAAGGCAGUGUUACCAGACGUAAUUCUAUUUCAUCUAUUCGCCGCCGGGGAAAAAGGUAUUUCGAGUUUAGGCAAUUCAACACCAGGUUGACGCUUCUGAAUGAACGCAAACCGAUCAAGAGUAAAGAAAACGUCAUAUCAUUCAAUGGAGGGCAUAACAUAACAACCGAGAAGGAGCCUGGGACAUGAAGGCCAUAGAAAAGAAAUCAUCAACGAUGCCCCUCGCCUCCCCUAAAGAAAAAGUCGCGGGCUCACCCCCGGUCGAUUUACUUUUUCUUGGGGAACUUCUCUUUCCCGAUGUCAGAGCCUCUCAACUUGAUGUUCAGCACGCGCUCCAUGGCGCUAAGCACCUUCUGGUCCGGUGCGGCUGUACCCCGCUCGAAGUCUUGGAUGACGGUAACUGUGGUGUUGCAUUUGGUGGCGAGCUCCUUCUGUGUCAUCUUGUAGCCCUCGUCCGUUCGGCGCUUCUUGAUGGCGUCUGCUACUUGCAGCCCAACAGUCUUGGGCUUUACAAUGUCGUCGCUGCGGUCGACUUUGGUGAGAUGUUGGCCUUCAACGGCGCUGGCUCGUCCAGCCUAAGCAACGUUAAUAUGUGGCGACUAUUAUUGAAUAGUCACAAUGGGGAGAGAUUACUUACAGAAUUUCCAGACGCAAAUUUCUUUUCAGUUCCGACAACGAGCCCCUGUCGCUGGGCAGCGUUGAGUGCGCUCUUACCCUUGAUGACGGUCUCGCGAACGACGGGGCCACCACGGUUCUUGGAGCCGAUGCGAGUAACAGAAUCCCAGUCGCUCAUUGUUGCUGUGAAGGUGGGUGCGGGUAGAAGUUAUAUUGUUGAGAAUAUCGGUCUAUAAAAGUCUAUUGUAAAGGAGUG